GUUGAAGCUGACUACUUCGUACUACUGUAGGUACACCUUACUUCCUAUGGUUUACUGGCAUUUGGAUGUAGAGAAAAGGAAAAAGGCGACCCCGAGGACCGGGCUCGAAACGAAACACAGCCCACUUUCUUUCGUAAUGGCCAACGAUUGCCCAGCAUUUGGCUAGCAAUUGUUCGCCAGGCACGAAUCGAAACUACUGGGCUGCAGUGGGCUACAGUGGGCUCUACAGUGGGCUUUGCUGCUACGUAUCGAUAAAUUGGAACUCUUCAAAGGCUUCAACCUUCUCUCUCUUCCUUCUCUGACAUGCUCAAUGUUUGUCAAUCCCCUACAUUCACAUUCGCAUUCAAGAUAAAUUUCCAUAAACUUCAUCUCGGAAAUUCAUAGUAUAGCUGUCUAAGUUUGUACAGGCUUGAAGCUUCUGGGUCUUCAUACCUACUUGCUUACCUACCUCUCUAUCUGCCUACCUAGUACUUAGUACUAAAGGGACCAAAGGGUGCUAUCUAUUCUAGGUACCUGGUUGUUGCUGUGACAUCACCCCCACCCAGUCCAGCUCUGGUUUUAUUCUCAACUUGUUCUUGUCAUUUUCAUCUUGACACUUUCAACCAGAUUUCUUUCUCUUUAUUUUUUUUCAUUUUAUUUAUUCUUACACAAUUCGACCACGAAAGACGGGUCUCCUUGAACAUACACACACAUACACUCGAAAUGGCUUCGCUGAAUCUUUCUAUAAAUGGUCCCUCGAUCAAGAGUAGCUACCAAGGAGUCAUCAAUGCCCCUGCUCCGCCGUCGGGCAGCUCUUCUACUUACGGUCAAUGGGCUCUCUUCUACGUGCAAGCUCCUUUAGCAAAUGCCUUCCAAGAUAGUGGGAAUAAGGAGAGUGUCCUGAAGGUCCAAUCUACUGGAUCUGGUGAACUAGAAGAACUUAUCGAAGAUUUUAAUGAAGGUCGCAUCCAAUUCGCCUUCCUGAAGAUCAAGGAUCCAAAUACUGGCCUACCUAAACAUGCCUUGAUUGCAUGGUGCGGCGGUGGCGUUCCUGAGAGAACGAAAGGUUACUUCACCAGUCAUUUGAACGCUGUUUCUAAAAUCCUCCAUGGAUACCACGUACAAAUUACCGCUCGCUCCGACACCGACAUUGAACCUGCAAACAUUCUCCAGAAAAUAUCUGAUGCUUCUGGUGCCAAAUAUACAGCUGGUGGGAGUGCGCCUGUGCACACUGGAGGGGCCCCCCCACCGGUAAAAUCGAAGCCCGUUUUCUCCACCACGACUUCGUCUAGCUCUUUCAACCCCAUAGUCGCUGCGCGAAACGCAAGCUUGAGACAAAAAGAUGAUGAUGGCUGGGGAGAUGCACCGCAGGUUUCUCGGUCCGAAAUCCAGAAGGUCGAAUCGGCAUACAAACCGACCAAGGUCAAUAUGGCCGAGUUGACAAGCCAGAGGCAAGAGCCUUCAAGAUUUAAUGGCUCAAGUCAACAAGACGAUAGGCCUAGGGACGUGAUUGGAGGUGGUUACCAGCCGGUUGGGAAAGUUGAUAUUGCUGCUAUUCGAGCUGCGGCUAGAGAAAAGAAAGAUGAUCGACCAACGCCCGUCAAGGGCUCUUAUGAGCCAGUAGGCAAAGUAGACAUUGCUGCUAUCCGAGCUAAGGCUCAGAAGCCUGCCGACUCCGAGCCUGAACCCGAGGCCGAACAGCCGAAAUCUCUGGCAGAGCGAAGCGCAGCAUUCCACCAGGCCGAACGCAUUACGGAGCUUCCCAAGCCCAAGGUUGCUAAGAAAUGGGGAGGCGCGUCGACAUUCACAGGCACCAAGGCACCGACUCCUACAGCCGCGGGCCUUGGAAGUCCUUCACCGGCAGCCGGAGCUCCUCCCGUUGGAUCUGCUAGCCGAACCUUUGCUGACCAAGGAGGAAAGACCCCGGCUCAGAUUUGGGCCGAGAAGAAGGCCCAGCAAGGUGGUGGUUCCGCCGCUGGGAAGCCUGCAACUUCUCCUGUUACAGCACAGAAGAGUGGAGGAGCAGGAUGGCAGAGCGGCUACACGGGCAAGAGCUGGGCUCCGGUUAAUCCCGCAGGAUACAGCCGUGGCCUAUCAGGGCAGAAGACUGGCGAGACUGAGACUAGCCAAGAACCUCCAGCGUCCCCGGCAGGAAGUGUCGGUGCUCUACGCGACCGCUUCAAGGAGGCACAGCCUAUUGCUGCCCGAGCUCCGUCGGCACCUAAGAUUCCUUCACCUGCUGACGAAAACGACCGAGCACCGCCGCCACCUCCUUUGGCUUCUCGACCUUCGGACGGUGCUCCUACGGGAGGAUUUGCACUUCCUGGUAUGCCUCCUCGCCCACCACCGGUUACGGACGAGGAGGAGGAGCCCGAACGGGACACUUCCCCCAUUCGUAUGGCGGUGCCCGUUCCUCGCGGACCCGAACCCGAGUUCGAACCAGCACAAGAGCCUCCCCGAUCUCUCCCAGUUCGCCAAAUUGAGCAGGAACUUCCGAGAGAGGAAGAUCUGCCAAGAGAAGAGGAGGCUUACGAUCCCCGCGCUGCUGCCACUGCGGUUGCCGAGUCUCAGUUUGGCCAUGCACCAGUGGCCGAGGCGGCAGCGGCUUCAAGCGGCGGCAGACGUGCGUUGAUCCAAUAUGACUACGAGAAGGCCGAGGACAACGAGUUGGAGCUGCGAGAAGGCGAAUACGUCACCAACAUCGAGAUGGUAGACGAAGAUUGGUGGAUGGGUACUAACUCGCAAGGCGAGUCGGGAUUAUUCCCUAGCAAUUACGUUGAACUUGUCGAAGAUGAGGCGGAGGAAGCUCCGCCUGCCCCUGCCCCUGCCCCGGCAGCUGGCCACGCCGCUCCUCCGCCUCCCCCGGCGGCUGAGCCGGAGGCGGCAACUGGUCAGACGGCAACAGCCCAAUAUGACUACGAGGCUGCUGAGGACAACGAACUGAGCUUCCCUGAAGGAGCUACAGUCACCAAUGUGGAGUUCCCUGACGAGGACUGGUGGUUCGGUCACUACAAGGGGGAUUCCGGUCUUUUCCCCGCCAACUAUGUGCAACUGGAUCAGUGAUCUACCAUCUGGCCUCCAUCAAACAUGCCCACCUCAAAAAGGCGGUAGCAGAGUAAGCAGUUAAUUUGGAGUAUCUAGACCAGACCAAAAUGAGUAGUCUGACUAUAACGUGGAGACGUGAAACGAAGAGUUUGUCUUUAUUUUUGUACCUAGGUAGUUGAACGAGAAAACAAAAGUGUCUUAUGGUAGUGAAGAGAGUCACUUCGGCUUGUCUAUAUUAUAAAGGAAAGGGUCUUCGGGAGCCGAGACUAGAUACAUAUGAUGUAACUAUCGUGAUGAGGUCUGAGUGUACCUAGACACAAGAGUACCUGGAGAUUGCCAAGUCUAAGAAAAUUGUAAUUAAUGUUGAAAAUUGAACAUUGAGCAUUGAACAAAAAGCGGGUAUAUG